GAAAGUGAAAGUAGAGCUGCUCGGGCUGUUUGGUGAAUGUGCUGCUCCAUAGCGACUUCUACUUGUUCUUCCCAAUCCAAAAGACAGAGAGGGAAGUGGUUAUAUGAGUGCUUGCACACUGUCUGACCUGCAGUACAGCUGCUGCUGCUUUGUCUAUGUACACUACAUUUCCCACACGAGUGCUUAGAUCAUGGCAGGAACAGAAGAUCUGUGCGUCAUCUGAGUGAAGAAUGCGAUGUGAAAAAUGUGAUGAAGAGAGAGAGAGAAAAGAAGAGGCCACAAGGCAGACCCUUGGAGCACUCCAACCUAUAAAUCUAAAGUGCCUACUGUUCCUUGAAGAGAUUAACCCAGAAGAAAUCUCCUGAGUAUAUAGUAAUGCUCAUCAUACUGUAGUCAGAAUAUUUUCUAUAUUAAGAAUGGCAACCUGUGCAGAGGAUUUGCCACUAAUGGCCAACACUAGCCAUGUUCUUGUAAAACACUAUGGACUGGAUCUUGAUGUAUGUUUUGACACUCAAACUAUCCGGGGCAGCAUUGUUUUGUUCCUGGAACCUAACACCGGAAAUAAUGAUGGAGGCCCAGUCGUUGAAGAAGACUGCCAAUCACAACUGUCAAAACACUGUCGGAACGAUGAGACACAUGACAUUAACCAGACGUGUGUGUUACCUGUAAGAACCUGCUCAUCAAACUCUGGAAACAAAGACUCUGCUGUCUGUGUUAUAGGUGAAAGAGAUACUUCUCCGAAGUGUGAUCACCAUGGCAACAGGAAGCAGGCUUCUGGGAUUACUAGUUCAGAGAACUGCUGUGACAGAGGGAAUCAUGGGAGUGAGGAUUUUGUUCUGGUGUUGGACUGCUGUGAUUUAUCUGUGUUAAAGGUCGAAGAGGUGGAUGUCACUGCUGUGUUAGGUACUGAAAAAUGUAUGAGCUCUUCUCAGGAAAUUGGUAAUUCUAAAGAGCAUUUAAGUCUCAGUGCUUGUAUUCUAUCUGAAAUUGAAGCUUUACCUGAAAGCCAAUGGAAACAGCAGCUAUUUAAUUAUACUAAGUGUAGCAGGGCACCUGGAUGUGGAGAUCUUAUGUUCAUCACUGACACAUGGAGCCUGAGAAUUAACAAAACAGGAAUAAAGAUGCCAGCCAACUUCCCCUCUGUGAUAAGGAUAUGGUACCAAACAACAACAAAUGGGAGUUCAGUGAAGUGGACCAAAGACCAAAGUGGAAGGUUAGUAUCUGGGGUAGAAAAAAAUGAAAUACCCGUCUACUGUCACGUUCCAGAGAUACAAGUUUGAGUUAUGUAAUAAGAGUGGAUCUAAUUUCCAUUAAGACACGGUAAAUAUGUCGGGCAUCCUUUUCAAGCUUUACUUAAAAUCUGGAUCACUGCAAAGAAGGUCAGAUUAAUAGCACUUUGGACUCUAACAGGAUUACAUCUCUAAGCUUGGAUCAAAGGCACUCAUUUGCCAAGUCUUUCUAUUCAGGAGAAGCAGUUUUCCAGAUAACUAGAGCAGGAAGUGUAAGUCACAGUGCAGCUGUCUACUGCGGGUUUACACUGUGAGAUGAUCUGACCCAUUUAAUGAGACCUAAAAUGGAUAUUUGUUUGUGGUCCUUGUCGCUCCAUUUUGUCGCUUUAUUUAUAUUCAUAUUGGUCGGCGUUUGCUUUUAAAGUGGACCUGUCACCCAGACACAAAAAUCUGUAUAAUAAAAGUCCUUUUCAAAUUAAA